AUGAGUUCAUUUCCCUCAGCUGAGUUUCCACUACGUGGUGUUCCUGUUCCAUAUAGUUACCGUGUGUCCAGCAACGUAGCUUCUCCAGAUGGUGUUAGUGCGCUUGUUGCUGCCGCUGGUACUCAUCGAGACUCUAUCACAACUAAUACAGUUGAUGCGCAAGGCGAUGAAGAGGACGUUGGUGAGUUUCAAAGGAAACGAGCAGCUGGUUCCAGUGAAUCCACUCCCGAACACGAGGAUUUUAAAAGGCUAAAGCAAAGCAAUCACAAAUCCUUUCGUCAAGCGAACUUGCAGAAUGCUAGUGCACCAUCGUUGGAUAGUGAUAGUCCGCAUAUCUUAGCGGACCUGACUAACGAUACAGAAAACCUUCUGCUGCCCGCAGAUGACACUCCUGGCGCACCCUCUACAUUAAGCGUUAGCAUAGGAGUGGCAUCUCAUAAUGUUGUUGCUCCUACUGCCGCUAAUGCGGCAACGGCAACUGGUAGUGAUGCUAAUAGUAAUAUCAACAAUACUACCAUCAAUAACAACAACCUUAUGGAAGAAGGAGCGCUGCCGUUAUCGCCUACAGCAUCUUCUCCAGGUACCACGACGCCUUUGGCUAAAACCGCGAAAACGAUUAACAACAACAACAUAGCCGAUUUGAUAGAAUCUAAAGAUUCUAUCAUCUCUCCAGAAUACCUCUCUGAUGAAAUUUUUACUGCAAUAAACAACAAUUUGCCCCACGUAUACUUCAAAAACUUAUUGUUCAGACUGGUCGCAAACAUGGAUAGGAGUGAGUUAUCUGAUUUAGGGACUUUAAUCAAAGAUAAUCUGAAGAGAGAUCUAGUUGCGUCUUUGCCCUUUGAAAUAAGUUUGAAGAUUUUCAAUUAUUUACAGUUUGAGGAUAUUAUAAAUUCGCUUGGGGUCUCGCAGAAUUGGAACAAGAUAAUUAGAAAAUCUACGUCGCUAUGGAAAAAGUUACUGAUAUCCGAAAAUUUUGUUAGCCCAAAAAGUUUUAAUCAUUUUAAUCUCAAACUGUCCGAGAGAUACCCAAAACUUUUACAACAAGAUCGACUUAGAUUGUCCUUCCUGGAAAAUAUGUUUAUUUUGAAGAAUUGGUAUAAUCCCAAAUUCUUGCCACAGAGGACUACGUUAAGAGGCCAUAUGACAAGCGUUAUUACGUGCUUGCAAUUUGAAGAUAAUUAUGUCAUCACGGGCGCAGACGAUAAAAUGAUUAGAGUCUAUGAUUCGGUGAAUAAAAAAUUCCUUUUACAACUAUCAGGACAUGAUGGCGGGGUUUGGGCUUUGAAGUAUGCCCAUGGUGGUAUCUUGGUUAGUGGUUCCACCGAUAGAACGGUGCGCGUUUGGGAUAUCAAGAAGGGCUGUUGUACCCACGUAUUUAAGGGUCACAAUUCAACGGUAAGAUGCCUCGAUAUAGUCGAAUACAAGAAUACCAAGUAUAUUGUUACUGGCUCCAGGGACAACACUCUACACAUCUGGAAAUUGCCCAAGGAGUCCUCUACCGCUGGUCAUGAACCUGAACAUGACUAUCCGUUGGUAUUUCACACCCCAGAGGAAAAUCCGUAUUUUGUAGGGGUUCUAAGAGGACACAUGGCAUCUGUAAGGACUGUCUCUGGUCAUGGUAAUAUUGUCGUUAGCGGCUCCUAUGAUAACACACUAAUUGUGUGGGAUGUUGCGCAAAUGAAAUGUCUAUAUAUUUUAAGCGGGCACACUGAUCGUAUCUAUUCAACAAUAUAUGAUCAUGAAAGGAAAAGGUGCAUUUCUGCCAGUAUGGAUUGCACAAUUAGAAUUUGGGAUCUGGAGAACAUUUGGAAUAAUGGAGAAUGUUCUUACGCAACAAAUUCCGCGUCCCCAUGCGCCAAAAUACUUGGAGCCAUGUAUACCUUGCAGGGUCAUACAGCACUGGUCGGUUUAUUACGAUUGUCUGAUAAGUUUUUGGUCAGCGCCGCUGCAGACGGUUCAAUAAGAGGUUGGGAUGCAAACGAUUACUCUAGAAAAUUUUCUUAUCACCAUACCAAUCUGAGCCCGAUUACCACGUUCUACGUUUCUGAUAAUAUUUUGGUGAGUGGGUCCGAAGGUCAGUUCAAUAUCUACAACUUAAGAAGUGGAAAACUCGUCCAUUCAAAUAUUUUAAAGGACGCUGAUCAGAUUUGGUCGGUUAACUUUAAGGGCAAAACACUUGUUGCGGCGGGGGAAAAAGAUGGACAGAGUUUCUUAGAAAUUCUGGAUUUUAGUAAAGCUUCGAAAAUUAACUACCUUAGCAAUUCUGUAAACUCCUCGUCAUCAUCUUUGGAAUCCAUUUCUACUUCUUUGGGAUUAGCAAGGACUAGUAUAAUACCAUUAUAA